CCUGUUGCUCACGGAUAAUACAGCGGGCUGGUACACCUUGGACCUCCUGGGACAGCUGAGCGGCCUUGCCACUGAGAAUACAGACCUCCAAGGGCACCAUGAACACAGGGGGCUCCAGCCUCUCCAGCCCUCCAACCUUCCUUACGACUCCGGCCACUUCUGGGACUUACACCCAGGCUGCCGACCCUGUACCAGUUCUUAUCGCCCUGGCCUGCAUUUUUCUGCUUUUGGCCUCUUGCCUGCUAUUCAUGAUGCUGUGCAAGCCCACUGCGCUGGACCCUGGCCGUCAAGGGGCCCGGGAAUACAUGCCACAUCACCCAGGGAGCCCCAGCGAGCCCAGGCUCCGGCUCUGGAAGCGCCUGGGCUCGCUACGCCGAUCUCUGCACAGCUUCCGGCGAGGCAGGCCUGCUGCCCAGCAGUGUCCUCUGCCGGGCCUUGAUGACCAGCGAGGUGACUGUGACUUCACUGAAGCCACUGAGAUGUGAUACAGUGGCCAUCUUCAUACAGGCUAACCUAAGACCUCUGAUGGCUGCCUCUGUUGGAGCCUGGCA